CGGGACGACGCGCGACCGCUGGCGAUUCGUCGGAGGAUCGGAGCGCGCCUUCGUCGGGGAGCCUUCAGCCUGCCGAUCGCCCAGUCAUCGUGCGAGGAGGAUGGACGAUGAUUCGCGUUGCGAAUUCGCGGCGCGCAGCCACGUCCUGUUGACGACACCCUGAGACUACUCCCAGAUGUUUAUCUGGGCCAUGCACAGCCAUACUGAAUUCACUCGCUUAUAUACAUAUAUAUACGGAGCCUGGGAGCAGUACCGCCAGUACCGCGUUUCGCGGGUGGGCAGGGGGUAGCCGGGGUAGCUCCCUGCGCGUCACGUGAUCGCGUGUAUACGUAUACAUGCGACACAAGCUACACGCACUAUCCACACGCGCAUUCGCAGGAGCAAAAUGUAAACAUCGAUAAUAUAUAUAAUUUUUUUUUUAUCGAUAACCGUAACAUGUUUUACGUAACAUUUUUUACGCCAAGAUAAAUAUGCGAAAAAAUAUGCCUAUUGCGACUUAAUCGAGCGACAUACGUCAAUACGUGUACAAGUCAUGAGGCCUAUAGCGUUACUGGUACUUGGAGUAUUGGUGCUCCAACAGGGGAUUUCCUUUGAAGUACACGCCCCACGUGUCGCCAUCAUAGGGGGUGGCAUCGGCGGCGCGUCCACUUCGCAUUUCCUCACCGAGCUGUUAAACGGAAGUUUGGAGAUCGAUCUGUACGAGGCGAAGACUAUCGGCGGACGAUUGGCGACCGUCAAAGUCGACGGCGACGAAGUCGAGGCUGGCGGCUCAAUUAUUCACACCAAGAACCUGUAUAUGCGAAGAUUCGUUGAACUCUUGGGUUUGGAAGAGAGUCCUCCCAGUGAUGAGACAUAUGGCAUAUGGAAUGGAGAUGAGUUUGUAUACAAAUCAAGUAAAUGGACAGCAUUGUCGUUGGCGAAAUUAUUUUACAGAUACGGCUUUCAACUGUACAAUCUCAGGAGUCAGAUAAACGGCAUGUUAAGCGAUUUCGUGAAGAUAUACGACCUGCAGGAUGCAGGACAGUCCUUUGCCAACGUCACCGCGCUGCUGUCGGCAAUGAAUAAGGAUUUCCCCAAGUUGUUGCACACGCCCAUGAGAGAACAUAUGUUGCAAAACGGUUUCACGAAGAGACUGAUCAAUGAACUGGUGCAGGUCACUACCGUGGUGAAUUACGGUCAGGAUGUCGAUAUCCAGAGUUUCGUCGCUUCCGUAUCUCUGGCUGGGGCAAAUGGUGGCUUAUGGUCCGUUAAAGGUGGAAACAAGGGGGUACCGGAGCAUCUCAUUUACAGAAAUAAGAAUGUAAAUGUAGUACCGAGCCGGGUUACGAAGAUUCGCAAUCUGGCAUCUGACGCCCGCAAUUCGAGUCAAUACGAAGUGACCUACGUGAACAAAGAUAGCACGGAUCCAAUGACGUCCACUUACGACAUCGUAAUCAUCGCCGCGCCGCUUACCGGCGAUCAAGAAUUUCAAGUGGAAUUUGUCGGGUUCCCGGGCGACCUGGUGUUCCCAGGGGAAUAUCAGACGACGUACGCGACGUUUGUCAAGGCGAAUCUCAAGUCAAAGUACUUUGGCCUGCGAGAGGCUUUGGACAGUAUUCUAAGUUGCAAUCCCAACAAAACGAUAAUCAGCUCGGUCGGGAAAGUGGAUCCUGUUGACGGCACGUUUAGGAAGGACCCGCAAGUCUGGAAGGUCUUCAGCCGAAAACCCGUGGAGACACGUCUGCUACGCGAUAUGUUCUCUAAUAUCAUCGAGAAGAAGGAAAUCGCUUGGAAAGCAUAUCCCCAUUACUCGGCAAACACGAAUCUCGAUAACUUCAAGCUGCACGACGCGCUGUAUUACGUCAAUGUAAUUGAGUGGGCCGCAAGUUCGAUGGAAAUGAGCGCGCUAGCUGGAAGAAACGUCGCUAUUUUGGCGUACAAUGAUUUCGUUGAGAAAUUACGUAAUUCUUUGAUGAAUAAAGAGACUUUUAAAAAUACAACUGACAAAUUACGCAGGUUUGGGGAAUUGUGAUAUCCUGACUGUUAAUAGUGUUAAUAUUAUAAUGAUGAGUUUUACACGGAGAACACUUUUUCCGUGAGAUAUUUUUAACCGCACGAACGCGAUUUAUAAGACGAGUUGCUAAAUAAAGAGAUAAAAUUGAGAGGCUCAUUAAUAAUUGUAAGUCAAAGAAUUAAUAAAAACGAUUGCACAUUAACAAA